ACAGUAUCUCCGUAACGCGCCCACUUUAAGUUCCUGAGCGACCUCGUGUUUUGCAAGUCCUGGAAGAUGUUGCUACCACUCGCAACUAGGAAUAGUAUAUUUGAAAAGGUUAUUCAAGAUGGUGUGUUGACAGCAAGAAAUGAUACACGACCAUGCUACAAUCACCCGACGAUUAACGUUCGAAAUCUUCAUGUCAUCAAGACAAUGCGAUCAUUAAAGUCUCGCGGAUAUGUACGUGAACAAUACGCUUGGAGAACAUAUUAUUGGUUCCUUACAGCCGAUGGAAUUAACUAUUUACGUGAGGUUUUACACUUACCAUCUGACAUAAUCCCUGCUACUCUGAAAGCGCCACCUCGUGAUAUUCGAACACCAGCCGCAGGAAUGGACCAGGGUGCACAGCGUGGUCCCUCUGAUGGUCGCGUCGCGUUUAGAAGAGGACCAGUUACUCCUGGGAUGACUAACUUCGGUACUCCCGGAAAAGAUGCAACUAUUGGUGAUAGCGAAGUACAUUUCCAUGGAGGGUAUGGAAGAGGUCGACCUAUGUAGAUGUUCCUUAAUACAAUAAUGAUGGAACU